CCCAAACGCCACUUCUCCUCAGCAGGUCGGUCGGAGAAGAUGGGAAAAGGCGAUGGGGAGGAGGACGGCAAGCGCCGCCGCGGCCGCAGCAGCAAGAAAUCCCGCGACGUCUCCUCCUCGGACCCCGGCUCCGAUUCCCCCCCUUCCCCGUCCUCCGCCUCCUCCUCCCCCAGCCGCAGCCCCGAGCGCCGGAGCCGUGGCAGCGGCCGCUCGCGCGACGACGACCCGCGUCGCCACCGGCGGAGGCGGCGGGACGAGGGGCGCGGGGGGCGCGGCGGUGAUGCGUCUGACUCGUCCUGCUCGGGCUCGGAGGAGCCGGAUAGGGCGGAGGAGGCGCGGGAGAUCGUCCGCGACAUCCUCGGUGAUUUCCCCGCCGUCGCCGGGGAGCUCCGUCAGCUUCUUCAAAUGAUAGAUAAUGGUGAAGGAAUUGAUAUUUCUGGAAUUUCUAACAAGCCACUGGUGAAGCGUCUAAGGAAACUUUUCAGAUCACUUAAACUGAGAGAAAGCUCAAAUGGGGCUUAUUUGCUGCCACCAAAAAGUGUACCCACCCUUGAUGUUGUUGGAUCAGUAUUAGUAGCUAGUGGUGAACUGGCCGAUAGUCAAAAUAAAAAACCAGUAUCACCAACUAAACAGGACCAACCAUCUUCCAAUUUUGAUGUGCAAAAUGAAAACGAUAGCACUUCUGAAGAGCCAGUGAAAAAUGAUGCUGAAGAACAAGCCCCUAACCGGAGCUCCGUUGGCUUCUACGCCUCCCUCCUCCGGAUUCCUUUCUUCGCCCUCCUUUCUGCGACCUUCCAGAAGGAGCCGUGGCACCCGAAUCCGCGUCGCGUCCCCAGCUACGCGAAUUCGCCGGCGAUAAUGCUGCAGGAGUUCGUCGACCACGUCAUCGCCGUCAUCAAGGAAUCUGUGAAGACAUUCACAUAUGAGUCACUGAACAAUGUUGCAAGGUUGAUAAAUGGAAUAUCAGCACUCUUGUUAACUCUAUUACCUGGGAAGGCCAACAUGUUAGAAGGCAUUAGUGGCUGGGAACUUAGACCAUCAUUCCGUGGUCCACGUCUUCCUCGCUGGAUGGAAAGUGGUGUUUCUUCAUUCAAUGAGUUCAUUCAUGAACUAUCUGUUGAUUCUGAUGGUGAAUCAGUAACUGACUCAAUCCCUGGGGAUGAUGAAAAUGAAGAGUUUAUAUGCCCUUCAUCUCCAUUGUCCCAAAGUUCACGGUUAUCACACACAAGCAGUUUUGGUAGACGUGAUCGUCGAUUGAGAAGACCUAUUAGAUAUGCAGUUUCAUGGAUUCUUUGGCCUGUCAGAUUUGUUGUCUCUUUGCUUCUGAUUCUAUUCAAUGCUAUCAAAUUUCGCAUCACGCAGACAUCUAGUAAAAUCCCAGAAAGUCCCCAUAUUCCAGAAAGUCCCCAUGUUUCUAGAACCUUUGCUUCUAGGAGAGGGCUUAACAUCAAGGAUCAAGUUCUUCAACGAACAACUGACAGGAGGCGUGGAGUUGUUGAGGAUCUCCAUCUUGCAUUUGAGAUUUUCAUCGAAUCAGUGUUUGACAUUGUUCAUAAAGGCGCGCAUUAUGUCCUUUCUCCUUCUGAGGUGUGGCAAAAGUUAUUUUGCUGGAUUCAUGGAGGCGGCGGCAACAUUAGCAGUUCUGUUGUUGAUGUACCAACUGCUAAUGUUGGCAGUGAUAAUCCGGCCCCAACUGAAAGGAAGACUAUAUAUCGACAUCCUUUGAAUACGGAUUCUCGGACAUGUGAAGAUGUUAUCACUGAGCUUGGUUAUCCUUUCGAGGCUAUAAAAGUGGUUACUUCAGAUGGAUAUGUCCUACUGCUGGAGAGAAUUCCAAGGCGUGAUUCACAGAAGGUGGUAUUGCUGCAACAUGGAAUACUUGACUCUUCUAUGGGUUGGGUAUCGAAUGGUGUUGUUGGCUCACCUGCAUUUGCGGCCUAUGAUCAAGGUUACGAUGUUUUUCUUGGAAAUUUGCGUGGUUUGGUCUCCAGGGAGCAUGUUGAUAAAAAUAUUUCUUCCUACAAGUACUGGAAAUAUUCUGUUAAUGAACAUGGAACCAAAGAUAUGACAGCAAUCGUUGAAGAAAUUCACAAGAUUAAAACUUUAGAACUUGGCAAAAGUAGACCUCAUAUAAAUGUGGAAACAGAGGAUCAAAACGAUAAGAUAAAAAAUUCGGAAGUGCAGGCUUCACGGGCUGAUGAGAGAGACAGUCAACCAUACAAGCUUUGUGCUGUCUGCCACAGCUUGGGUGGUGCGGUGAUGUUAAUGUAUGUAGUGACAUCAAGGAUUGUGCAGAAGUCCCACAGGUUGUCUAGAUUGGUCUUGCUAUCGCCUGCUGGCUUUCAUGAGGAUUCCAAUGUGGUGUUCAGCAUGGUAGAAAAACUCAUUUUGUUUGUCGGACCAGUACUUGCUCCACUUAUACCUGGGCUUUACAUACCAACUCGUUUUUUCCGGAUGCUACUUAACAAACUGGCUAGGGACUUCAACAACUAUCCAGCUUUGGGUGGCCUUGUCCAAACUCUUAUGGGCUAUGUAGUUGGUGGCGACAGUUCAAAUUGGGUGGGGGUACUCGGGUUGCCCCACUACAACAUGGAUGACAUGCCCGGUGUGUCGUUCCAUGUUGCACUCCACCUUGCACAAAUAAGGAGGGCAAAAAAAUUCCAAAUGUAUGACUAUGGAAGUCCAGCAGCAAACAUGGAAGCAUAUGGAACACCAGAACCGUUGGACCUGGGAGCUCAUUAUGGCCUCAUUGACAUCCCAGUGGAUUUAGUUGCUGGGCAAAGAGACAGAGUUAUCUCACCAUCCAUGGUAAAGAAGCACUACAAGUUGAUGCGCAAGGCUGGUGUAGAGGUUUCCUACAAUGAAUUCGAGUAUGCUCAUUUGGAUUUCACAUUCUCCCAUAGGGAGGAGCUUUUGUCCUAUGUUAUGUCCCGCCUGCUCUUAGUAACUGACCCUAGAAAAGCCCGCAUCAAGCAUACCAGUGUCCGCCUUAGGAAGCCGAAGAAAGCCCAGUCAGAAAUUGAAGCUGAUUGUGACAGCAAGGAGUAUACAGGCAUAGUAGAUAAUGGGGUCACCGAUGAGUAAAAUGGGCAUGGGCAUGUUGCGUGAUGUGAUGAUCAUGUGGAAUCUGCUGAGCCUUUGUUGUUCGUUUUGUGAAUAGAACAUGUGUUUGCCGUCGGCAUGCCGUCUUCAUCGUGUAGCUAUUAUUAUCUGUUCUGUAUGAUGAAUACGCAAAUACAUGAGUUGUUAGCCUUAUAAGCCAUGUUGUUAUCACAGGGAUUCUCUUUCAUGCUGUAUAGUUUUCAUUUUUUUUUCUUCUUUUGCACACAUAUGCUGCUUUUUUGGAAUCCUUAUGAAAUUCUUAUUUGUCAUUCAAACACUAUCCAAUAUGAAAAGGUGCUUAUGUCUUGCUCAAUUUGUUGUCUAACACAUGUUUGUCCUGCCCCCAGGGAAUUGGUCCUGCUAUGCUAUCACGUGAAUUAAUAGCUGAAGAAGCUGAAAUGACAGAGGCUCUUAGAUCCCAGGAUGCUGAAGUUGGAAGCUGAUUAUGGUUUUCUCAUAGGACCCCCACCACCUUCCAUGGUAGCUGAAGCUGCAUCUGCAAAUGAAGCAGAGCGAUUUGAAGAGGUAACUCGAAUAUUGGUGGCUGAUGAGAACUUGCCAUAUGAUGUUGUGGGUGUCAAUUGGAAGAUGUCAUCUGAUAACAUCAAGAAAAGCUCCAUUGGCUUCUACGCCCCCCUCCUCCGGAUUCCUUUCUUCGCCCUCCUUUCCGCGACCUUCUAGAAGGAGCCGUGGCGCCCGAAUCCGCGUCGCGUCCCCCGUUGUGUGAAUCCGCCGGCGAUAAUGCUGCAGGAGUUCGUCGACCACAUGAUCGCCAUCAUCAAGGAAUCUAUGAAGACAUUCACAUAUGAGUCACUGAACAACGCUGUAAGGUUGAUAAAUGGAAUAUCAGCACUCUUGUUCACUAUUAUCAGGGAAGGCCAACAUGUUAGAAGGCAUCAGUGCCUGGGAACUUAGGCCAUCAUUCCGUGGUCCACUUCUUUCUCGCUUGAUGGAAAGUGGGGUUUCAUCAUUCAGUGAGUUCAUUCAUGAACUAUCUGUCGAUUCUGAUGGUGACUCAAUCCCUGGGGAUGAUGAAAAUGAAGAGUAUAUGUAUGCCCUUCAUCUCCAUUCUCCCAAAGUUCACGGUCAAUGGCGGAGGACGAACAAAAAUUAUGGUAUGGUGCAAGGCUAAGCUCAAGACUAACAUACGCUAUAAUUGUUUGAAAUACAUGAUAAUAGUAAACUAUAUUUAGACUAAGAAAACAAUAUAUAACUUGCAAACAUAGAAGUAAGCACUGAAAAUUGAAAUGUACAUGAACAAUCACAAAUUUACCAUUUUAAUUUUUACCUCUUUGUGAUGAUGCAUUGCC